GAGAGCAUUUGCAUGCAUCUGGAAGGCACAGUUUCAGAACACUCGCAGCUGGGAGACUUUGGAAAGCACAUUUCUCCACGGAGUUUGUCAGUUCAACUUUAGGAGUAACGAGGUUGCUGUGAGCUUAGAAAAAUCUUCUCUGUAGACUGGGUCAACGGUGUUUGGUGUUCUGAUUCUUCCUGAAGUCUAAGGAGGUUUCCUCUCCAGCAGUAGCAGCCGCCGUUUGGAGGAUGCCAGUCCUGAAUAGGCUUUUCAACACAUCGGACAUGGGUAGGCGGUGGGGAACUGAGGAAGAUCUGAUGCCCCUGUCCGUGGGCAGCCUGCCCUUCUGUCAGCAGGGGAUCCUAGCCUGGGAGUUGCCCAAGAUGUUCAGAAUGGUAAAGCUCCUUUGGAAAUCAAAAAGUGAGCUCCGGGGAACGAAGCAGAGAGGAGCUCUGGAAAGUGACAGUGGUCUGGAUACGUUAUCAGGAGAUGCACGGCUGAGAGGUCAGACAGUGGUUCUCUCUGAACGGCGUGGUUCCUACCCAUUUAUAGACUUUCGUCUUCUCAAUAAUACCAUUUAUUCUGGAGAAAUUGGAACGAAGAAAAAAGUAAAAAGACUAUUAAGCUUCCAGCGUUAUUUCCAUGCAUCGAGGCUAUUGCGUGGAAUUGUACCACAAGAUUCACUGUACUUGCUGGAUGAAGACUACCUUGGGCAAGCAAGGCACAUGCUAUCCAAAGUGGGAAUGUGGGAUUUUGACAUUUUCUUGUUUGACCGCUUGACAAAUGGAAACAGCCUGGUAACCUUGCUUUGCCACCUCUUCAAUGUACAUGGGCUUAUCCACCAUUUCCAGCUAGACAUGGUUACGUUACACAGAUUCUUAGUUAUGGUGCAAGAAGACUACCAUAGCCAAAACCCAUACCAUAAUGCCGUUCAUGCUGCUGAUGUCACACAAGCUAUGCACUGCUACCUAAAGGAGCCCAAGAUUGCUAACUUCCUCACACCUCUGGACAUUAUGCUUGGAUUACUGGCUGCUGCAGCACAUGACGUAGAUCAUCCGGGAGUCAACCAACCAUUUUUGAUAAAAACCAAACACCAUCUUGCCAGUUUAUAUCAGAAUGUCUCUGUAUUAGAAAACCAUCACUGGAGAUCUACGAUAGGCAUGCUCCGAGAAUCAAGGCUCCUUGCACAUCUGCCAAAAGAAGAGAGGCAUGAUAUUGAACAACAGCUGGGAUCCCUGAUCUUGGCAACAGACAUCAACAGGCAGAAUGAAUUUUUGACCCGGUUGAAAACCCAUCUCAAAAAUCAGGAUUUGAAAUUGGAGGAUGCUCCAGAUAGGCAUUUUAUGCUUCAGAUUGCAUUGAAGUGUGCAGACAUCUGCAAUCCUUGUCGGCUCUGGGAGAUGAGCAAACAGUGGAGUGAGCGGGUUUGUGAGGAAUUCUACAGGCAAGGUGACCUGGAACAGAAAUUUGACUUGGAAAUAAGUCCUCUUUGUAAUCAGCAGAAAGAUACAAUCCCUAGUAUACAAAUUGGCUUCAUGACCUACAUUGUGGAGCCACUCUUUGAAGAAUGGGCCAACUUUACUGGAAACACUCCCUUAUCUGAAAACAUGCUGAACCAUCUGAGGAGGAACAAGACCAAGUGGAGGAGUUUGCUUCAUAAGCAGCACAGCAGCAGGAGCACUGACCACUCAGUUCAAAUGACACAAGAUGAAGAACAGACUUUAAAUGAAGGAGAAACCCCAUAGUGGCAGCUUUGCAGUCCAUGCUGCAGUGCCACUAUCUUUCACAAGAGUGAAUAAAAUCCGAAGGGUCUGUUGGGCCAUCGUUAACAAUGCAGGAAGUGAAGAAAGCAGGGCGGAAAGGUGAAGCUAUAAGUGUCCUCCUCAAGAACACCUACAAUACUUCUGGGUUCGGUUGUGAAGCUCUACCAAAUCCUACUUCCUCAUCUUACUAUCCAAAGCCAUUCAUCACUUCUGAUCAUAAACUGCUUGAAUGAGAAGCUUCUUUCAGUAGUGUUGAAGCUGGGCCAGUAGGCAGUUACCAACUAACUGGAGGAUUAGAGGGCUCAGGGCAAGACCAGCGCAUUCCUGGUCAGCUGUUCCAUUCACUUUGGGUCAUACUGUGAAAUGCGCUUCUGAACAAAGGCUUGGAGCAAUGCAGUCUUCAGUCUAGCAGCUGGGCUGCACAUUCAAAGCCACCAGCAGCUGCAGCACUGUCAGAACUCAAAGGACAUCUGGCCACGCAAGAGAAAAGUAUCUCAUUUUAAAGAAAUUAAAGCAUUUUUUAAAUUUUUUGUAUUUGGUGCACUGGACAAGGAAUCUAAAAAAAAACACCUUGAAGAAAGGUUAUUCUGUGUACACAAAGCUUUGUCAUGGUGGUGCCCAUUAAUCAUUUUAUGCCACUUUAGAUAAAAAAAAAACUGACAUUCUUCUCACUGCAAGAACAGUAUUUCCUAUCAAGUCAAAAGGGAAGAGUUGUACAGUUUAAGUGUUUUCAGAUGUCUCUUUUGAUGACUGUAUCCGUGACCUGUUUAUAUUCGCACAUGUAUGUCUCCUGUAUAUAUAAAGCGCUACUGUUCCCAUACCAAAAUACUGAAGUAUUAUGGGAAAGCUACCUGUAUAAACAAUGGCACUGUGAACAAAAUACUGUUAGUUUUAGUAUUGGAAACAUUUGUAAAUAUGUUAUAGAUUAUUAAUACACUCUUGUUUGCAGAUAAA